AUGGAGCUGCCGUUCAGACGUCGCAACCCGGCUGAUGUAGAUGGUGACGAGGAGAAAGCUCACCAAUUGCCAUCACCGCAGAAUGUCUCGCUCCGAGAGCGUUUCAAGCACUUCACAUGGGCAUGGUUCACCCUCCCGAUGUCCACAGGCGGCAUUGCCCUCCUCCUCGCCUCGACACCGCACCGUUUCACUGGCCUGACCACAAUCGGCAAGAUCUUCUACAUCUUCGACCUUGUCAUCUUCGUUUGCCUUGUCGCUGGCAUCAUUGCUCGCUUCACUUUGGCCCCCGGCUCCCUACAGAAGUCCUUACUCCACCCAACGGAAGCUCUGUUCGUACCGACGGCUUUCCUGGCCGUGCUCAAUAUCCUGGCCUGCAUCCAGGAGUACGGCGUACCGGCUUCCGGACCCUGGCUGGUUGUAACGCUGAGGGUGUUGUUCUGGCUCUAUAUGGCUGUCACGUUCUGCCUGGCGGUGAUGCAGUAUUGGUACCUCUUCACAGCGCCGAAGAGGCUGACGAUCCAAAGUAUGACGCCCGCUUGGAUAUUACCCAUCUUCCCCGUCAUGCUCACCGGAACCCUCGCCAGCCUGAUCGCCGCUAACCAACCACCAUCUGCACGCCUCUCAAUCAUAGUCGCGGGCGUGACAUUCCAAGGUCUAGGUUUAAUGGUCAGUAUGAUCAUGUACCCAAUCUACCUGACCAGACUGAUGCAAUAUGGCCUUCCAGCCUCGAACCUGCGGCCAGGCAUGUUCAUUGCCGUGGGUCCGCCCUCCUUCACAGGCCUCGCCUUCAUCGGGAUGGCUAACGCUCUGCCCUCGGGAUAUGGCUACUUCGCCACCCGACCUAUGGCGAUAGAGAUACUGCAGACAGUGGCGCUGUUCAUGGCGAUCGUACUGUGGUCCUUAAGUUUCUGGUUCAUUGCUCUGGCUAUUGUAAGCGUACUCGCUGCGACGAAAAGUACGAAGUUUCACCUGGUUUGGUGGGCUUUCGUCUUCCCUAACGUCGGCUUCACGAUCUGUACGGGCAAUAUUGGAAGGCAGCUUGGCAGCCAGGGAAUCAUGUGGGUAGCGAGCGCCAUGGCAAUCGUGCUGGUGACGAUGUGGUUCUUCGUUUUCAUCUCGCACGUGCGUGCGGUGCUGACGAAGGAGAUUAUGAUGCCGGGUAAGGACGAGGACAAAGAUCAGUACAAGUGGGACGAUGAGCAGCAUAAUAUACCUACACCACCGUGA